UUGCGUAGCUUGCAGUGAUUGCUUAUGCCCGGCGUGGUCCUGCGGCGGGGAGGCCUAGCGGUUGGGGUGCUCUGGACAGAGUUUGCUGGCAUUGUAACGACUAAGGGAGACACUGGGACAGACCUCGGAGGGUGACUAUGUGGGCCCCAGUGGCCGGGCUUCCUCCGCGGCAGACGUUGUCAGCCUUGACUGGAGCUGUUCGCUUUUGCAUUUUGGGGUCCGGCGUGGCGAGGCGGAAGGACGCCUCGCAGUGGAACUGCCGUGGUCUGUCAGACUUCCAUCCUCAGCUAUUGCCCAGUCUGGACCUCAGAGAAUCGCCCUCGUGGGUGUUCAAGUACCGUUCAGAGCCCAGGCGUUAUGUAACCAGUCCGAGACUGGCUGAGACCCUGGCGCAGGUCCUGCGGGGGAAAGGAGAAGACGCUUGCCAGCUGUUGCUGGAGUGCAAUCCAGGUCCUGGUAUCCUGACUCAAGCAUUACUUGAAAGUGGUGCCAAAGUGAUUGCCCUUGAAAGUGAAAAAUUUUAUAUUCCACAUUUGGAGGUACAUUUCUAGUUUAUAAAAAUGAUUUGUUCUAUCAGUUACCUUUGAGUGAUUUAGGGAAGUUAAAUUAAGCACACAGUUUAUUCUUACAGAAUCACUUUUAGGGACCAGGCCUUAAAUAUUUGCUUAUCAC